AUUUCGAGCAUUGUGAAAUAUAUAUUAAUUGAUCAGUGAUAUCAAAUGUAUCACGAAUUUCGAAUUCAUAUAAUAAAAUUUAUGCCUUUUUUGUUUCGCUUGGUUACGUUGCUUUCAACAACCUGUCGUUGUGCAGUCAUUGCAUGUUGGCCGCGCGUCGAUGUAACGAAGCUAUUUUCGUUUUAAAUUUCGAAUGACCCUGAUGUACUCUGCCAGAUAUCUUACACGUGUUCAUGUAUCGUAUUGGAAUUGGAACUUAAAAGUAACAACUUUUCGAAAAAACAUUUUAUAAAUUCAAAGAUGGGUGAAGCACCUAAAUAUUAUGGUAAAAGAAGGAGUAUCGUUCGCAGAAUUGGAUCAUUUUUACCUUUAAGGCCACCUCCAAAAAUCUAUGUAAGCGUAACACCUCUUCAUUCUAUGACAAGUUCUAUGAUUAAUGAGGAAACCAGCAAUGAUUAUGUUGAUUCGAAUGGUUAUGGGCCUGCAAGUGGUAGGUUAUUAGGUAGCAGACCGGAUUUAUUGGAACCAAUUAGUUUUGGUUCUGAAAUUCGUUUACUUGCUUUAGAACAAGAAUUACAAGAGCUCAGAGAGCAGAUAUCGGUAAUAGUUAAAAGUAGUAAACAAUCGCAGUAUGCAUCAGCUGCAUCAUUGUCCAGCGAAAAAGAUUUUAAAUCUCAGCCGCCUCCACCACCACCGCUUCCACCACCUUCAACUCCGCACAUUGCGAGGAGGGCCAGUUUACAAGAUCACAAAAUUGAAGAUCGUAAAAAAGUGCCAUUAAAUACACAGAAAUCAAUGGGUGAUAUAUUGAAAGACAUUGAUAAAGUUAAAUUGAGGCCGAUCGCAAGGUCACCUGGAGGUCGGCCAUUACAAAUGAAACGUGUAAAUAGUCCGUGCAAUGACUUACAAGAAAUUUUACGUAAACGAUAUAUUGCAAUGCAAUCACCCGAUAGCAGAAAUUCGUCUGGUAAUUUAACAUUGGAUGAUUCUUUUUCAACUUAGUUUAUGCUAAUAAUCGUAAAGCACGAUAUACAAUUCGUUGUUCUCAUACAACGAUCGUGUGCAAUCAACAUGGAUUUUAUUCAAUGCAACAAUUUAUUUUCGUGCUGUUAAAUAUUUCGAAUCUUUUAUAAUCCAAUUACUUAUCUCAUAAAAAAACAGUUCCUUUUAAUUUAAAAUGAAUUUGAACGCGUGACACAUGAAAUUUAGAUAAUUCCACGAAAUACUUUUCUUAGCGUAGAGUACAAAGCGAAUAGAACUCACUUUAAAGAGAGAGAGAGAGAGAGAGAGAGAGAGAGAGAGAGAGAGAGAGAAAGAGAAAGAGAAAGAGACAUACUUUUAUAGAUACUAAGGAUUUUCAUAAUUUGCCGAGAUAGAUUUUUUUUUCUUCUUUUUUUUUUUUCUUUUCUUUUCUUUUCUUUUUUUUCUUAGAGCAAGUAACGAUAAUACUUUGCUAACCAAAGAAUCGAAGGAUGAAGUGAAAUUCUCUCAUGGAAGUAGAUUUUAAUUUUGACAGUAAAAUCUUGACGAAAUUUUAAUUCCAAAUUGCUGCAACGAAUAUAUUAGCGCGAACGCAUUUUUAUUUCUUUUAUUUUAUAUAUAAGAAUACGACAAGAAACGAUAGAAAUUUAUAUUCCUUAAUUUUUAAAUUGACGUAUCCGACUAAUGUAUAUCAAGUAAUAUACUAAUCAUCUAUUUUAUCGUGCCAGGAUUAUAUAGAUCAUUAUUUUUGUUUCCUAAACAUGAUUAUUGUGAUAUUAUGAUUAUUAAUAGGAUUUCACUAAUUAUGAAUGAAAACAUAUGUAAUUUGUGCGAUUUCAAAAAACGAUGAAGAAGAAGAAGAAGAAGAAGAAGAAAGUGCAUUACAAAUUGUCAAUAUGAAUUUGAAAUAGACACGCGAUAAGUUUUAUGUUCUUGUACCAUGCGCUUUUAUGUUCAAUAUAUAUAUAUGUAUAUAUAUAUGUGUGUAUAUAUAUAUAUAUAUAUAUAUAUAUAUAUAUAUAUAUAUAUAUAUGUAUAUAUAUAUAUCACUUUCUGAUACGCAUAUAUGCUCGAAUAACAUAAUUCUAUAAUGAUAAAAUAAUAUAGGCCCGUUCGUAAUUGGUUUGUAGAGAGACUGAAUACGAUCUUUAAUGAUAUUACGAAUGUACAGAUGCGUUUUAUACAUAAAGCUUUUAUUAAUAAUAAAUACGAAAAAAAAAAAAAAAAAAUAAACGUUAUUGUUAAAGAAAA